AUGGCAACUCCGGGCCAGCCGCCGUCAAGUUCACACCACUCUGAGCCACGACCGUCGACGAGGUCUCAGAGCACUGCUGGACAGUCCACCCCUGCCCAGCGGCGCCUCACGCGGACCCUUCCAGCAUGGAUUGAUUCGUACGAAACGCGAUACGGCACCCCGACGGAGAACCAGAUUCACGCUCUGACCUCGCCCCCUCCACGCGCCCUGCCGGCCCAUCACAACCAUUCGCCAAGCCACGCGCAGAGGAGAGUGUCGAAAGAUGGAUUCGUCUACGAAAACCCGGCUGUGCUGGGGCUAGAGGGGGCGCGGACAUCAAGGGCAAGGCUACGCAAGUUGCUCAAACGCGGCGAUGGCUCCGAGAGGGGGAGGAAAUGGGACCACUUGCGCACUGCCGAACCCGUCAUUGUGCCGCGCUUCAGCCGGGCGACCCCGGACUCGCCGUGGCACAGCUACGUGCUGUCGUCUCGAUAUGGCCGCUUGCCGAACGAGGAGGCCGAGAUUGUCGAUCCCGAGGCGCUAGAUAAGAUGCAGCCCGAUUUCAACUCGCCGGUUGAGAUCCGCGACGCCAACGGCACCACCGGGAGGAGACAAACACGAAGAAAGGUGCUCUACAAGCGGCUAUGGCAGAUCAUACUCCGACACCCGCUCGUCCCUCUCGCCUUCCGCCUAACCGUGCUCCUCACCUCCAUCGUGGCGCUCGCUAUCUCGGCCAGGAUAUUCGAAAUCGAACAUCAAGAGGAGGAGAGCGACCGCUCGUCAGAGCUAACGCAGGCGAUCGUGGCCAUCGUGGUUGACUCGGUCGCCAUCCCCUACAUCGGCUACAUGACAUGGGACGAGUACACGGGAAAGCCGUUGGGGCUGCGUGCGGCCAACCAAAAGAUCGCCUUAGUCCUAAUGGAUUUAUUCUUCAUCAUUUUCAAGUCGGCCAGCACGGCCCUUGCCUUUGAGGCACUGGUCUACCACAAUUCGGGAGACCGGCAAACAAGGCAGUACAGCCAGGCACUGGCCGCUUUUCAAAUGAUCGGCUUGAUAGCAUGGAGCUUCACCUUGGCCGUGAGCGUUUUCCGUCUGGUACAAAAAUUGGGCGGUGGUGAUGAUGACGACAAGUAA